AUGCCACACACUCCGACAGCCGCCGCCAGCACCACCACGCCUGCGCCGGGACGAGCAUCAGGAUGGCCUCACGAGCGCGAAGACGGACGGCGACGCAGCAGUAUACCAUCGCUGGACGCAGCCAGAGAGGAUGAAGAAGCGCAGAAGGACAGAGGCAGCGACAACCGGCCGGUGUCAUGGAGCUCGCUGCCCAGGCGGAACCAGCUCAUCAUCCUCACGGUAGCCAGGCUGUCCGAGCCGCUGGCGCAGACCUCGCUGCAGGCAUACAUGUUCUACCAGCUCAAGUCGUUUGAUCCCUCGUUGCCGGACUCGACCAUCUCUGCGCAGACGGGUGUCCUGCAGGCCGCCUUCACGGGCGCCCAGUUCGUCACGGCCGUGAUCUGGGGCAGGCUGGCCGACGCCGAGUCCAUCGGCAGGAAGAGAGUGCUGCUCAUCGGCCUGCUGGGAGCUGGCAUCUCGACGCUGGGCUUUGGGUUCUCCAAGUCCUUUGCGACGGCGAUGUUUUUCAGGACGCUGGGCGGUGCGUUGAACAGUAACGCGGGCGUCAUGAGGACGAUGAUAUCGGAGAUUGUCGUCGAGAAGAAAUACCAGUCGAGAGCCUUCUUGCUGCUGCCGAUGUGCUUCAAUGUCGGCGUCAUUAUAGGGCCCAUCAUGGGCGGACUGCUGGCUGACCCCAUAGGCAACUACCCGUCCGUCUUUGGGCCUGGGUCAUGGCUUGGGGGAGCAGACGGAGUGUCGUGGAUGGUAAAAUGGCCGUUUGCUCUCCCUAAUCUGGUCACGGCUGGGUUCAUUCUCUGUUCUGCAAUUGCUAUAUUACUAGGCCUGGAAGAGACACAUGAAAUAGCCCGGUCACGGAGAGACUUGGGUAUACAUGCUGGCAAGGCCAUAUCAAAAUACCUGGGUUUCUCACGGCAUAGUGACUACCAGGCUCUCGACGGCCUAGCAGAUCCGGAUACCCCAGACUCCUUCGAAAUGGGGCCAGAAGGGCGGACCAUAUCAGGCCAGAGACUGGUAGACAACGAGCACACUUCUCCCAGACGGCGGAAACGUUUGCCCUUCCGUCAGAUAUGGACUCGCAACGUCCUGCUCACUCUGCUCGCUCAUAUCUUCCUCAACUUCCACACCAGCGCAUUCACGGCGCUCUGCUUCGUCUUCCUGCCCACGCCUCGCGCCCCAGGAAGCCAACGCAGCCUUUUCCAGUUUGGCGGCGACUCGGCAUGCCUGAUCGGUCUGCCGAUCCAGAUAUUCAUCUACCCGCGAGUCCAGUGGCGGCUAGGGACAUUACGGUCCUUUAGGAUCUUUCUCCCCUUCUCUCCUCUGGCCUAUCUUCUUGCUCCGUUCCUGGUGCUGCUGCCUGACCACCCGUAUAUUGUCUGGCCUGCGCUCUCGGCCGUCAUCUUCCUUCAGGUGGUGUCCAGAACCUUCUCCCUGCCUGCAACGGUGAUACUGGUGAACAAUUCUGUGCCAGACAGGAGCGUGCUGGGUACGUUGCAUGGAGUUGCGCAGAGCGCCUUCAGUGCUUCGAGGACGCUAGGCCCACUGAUCGCUGGCUGGGGCCUGGGGCUGGGGCUGAAACAUAACAUCGUCGGCGCCAUCUGGUGGUCUCUUGCCAUCGAAGCCUUCUUGGGAUGGCUUGUCACUUGGACUAUAUUCGAAGGAGCAGGCAUCGAGAAGCCUCCAUAG